ACUAUGCGAAGAAGGCGCGCCGCGCGUCCGCUGCGUCGCCUGAGAUUGAUGAUGUCGAGGCGGACGAGGCGGGCCAGCCGGAGGGCGAGGACGCCUCCGAGAAGGACAAGGACGCGAGCGAGGGCGAGGAUGACGAGGACGACGAUGAACCCGAGUACGAGAUUGAGAAGAUUAUGAAGGCGAAGAGGGGGUACUUUCAUCCUGGCCGAAUGGCGUACCUGGUCAAGUGGGUAGGGUACUCGGAAGAGCACAACAGCUGGGUCGACGAGCCAGAUGCUGGCAACGCAGAAGACCUCAUCCAGCAGUUCUGGCGCGAGUCAAAGUCCCAGAAGGCGGCCGCUCCUGCGGGCCGCAAGUCCGUCGGCGACAAGCCCGCGCCCAAGAAGAACGGCCGCGUAUCCUCCCUCGCGCGUGAAGAGUCUUCCGACAACGACUCCGCCGCGCCGGCUAAGAAGCGCGGGCGCCCGAGCAAGGGCGGGGCCGUCGCUGCUGCCACCAAGACCAAGGCGAGGGAUGAGGACGAGGACGAGCGCGCGGUGAAGAAGGCGCGCAAGAGCACGACGACGUCGGUGGCGACGAAGAGGGACAAGCUGUCGAAGAAGGCCGACGCGAUGGAUGUGGACGGGGAUGACGACGAAGACGACGGGGAGCCGGAUAAGCCGAUCGGGAGCAUGAAGGAGCACAUGAGCACGCAGUCGUGGGAGUCGCUCGUCAAGGUCGUCGACACCGUCGAGCGCGACGAUGACGGGACGAUCUAUGUGUACUUUACCGUGUACGUUCCGUUCCAUUCAACGUCACGGCUGCUAUUGUCCUCUGCGCUUUCACAGCUGCAAGCGAGUACCUGUUCGGCGCGGUCUUCGCCACGCUCGCCGAGCGCGUGGACUCGGGCUCGCUGUCGGAUGCGGAUGCACGAACCAUCGUAUAGAGAAGCUGUAGAGAUAGAAGCUGUGUAGUAUCAGAAGAAGAAAAAAGAGCAAGGUGCUAUGCAAGGCAGGGGUGACGCUGGACUGGGACACGGGCGCGUGUGUGGUGUGGAUGGAGGAGAAC